UUAUUCAAAGUGUUAUUGAAACGGUAGAUUCAGAUUGAGACGCGUGAAUUUCUCUCAAACCUUAUGUUCUUUGCGAAACAUUCUCUUAUUUCAUUGUUCAUUCAGAGCCUAUUUUCUUAGCUAUCCUUGUUUUUAUUCCUCGUUUUAAUAUUCUAAAAGAAAAGAAGAAAAAGAAAAAGAAAAAGAAGAUAUUCAAAUGAGAAUACAUUCCUCUAAUCAUCCAUGGUUCUUACUAGCCAUCCUCGUGGUUCUCCUCUCUUUCUCUGGAGCUCUCUCAAGCAUACACAAAGAGAAGACAACCUCAAAGAAUCCGAAGAAAGAAGUAACUUAUGAUGGAACGUCUUUAAUAAUCAAUGGAAAGAGAGAGUUACUUUACUCUGGCUCCAUACAUUACCCUCGUAGCACUCCUGAUAUGUGGCCGAAGAUCAUCAAGAGAGCAAAACAAGGCGGUUUGAAUACGAUUCAGACAUAUGUUUUUUGGAAUGUUCAUGAGCCUGUGCAGGGGAAGUUCAAUUUUUCGGGUAGAGCCGAUUUAGUGAAGUUCAUUAAACUGAUCGAGAAGAAUGGUAUGUAUGUAACGUUGAGGCCUGGACCUUUUAUUCAGGCUGAAUGGAAUCAUGGAGGACUUCCUUACUGGCUAAGAGAAGUUCCCGGGAUCUUCUUCCGUACCGACAACAAACCAUUCAAGGAACAUACAGAGAGGUAUGUGAAGGUGAUACUUGAUAAGAUGAAGGAAGAGAAGCUUUUUGCUUCACAAGGAGGCCCCAUUAUUUUAGGACAGAUAGAGAAUGAAUAUAGCGCGGUUGAACGUGCAUAUAAAGAAGAUGGAGUAAACUACAUUAAGUGGGCAGCUAAAUUAGUAGAUUCUAUGAAUUUGGGGAUCCCAUGGGUUAUGUGUAAGCAUAAUAAUGCUCCUGAUCCUAUGAUCAAUGCUUGCAAUGGAAGACAUUGUGGUGAUACAUUCCCUGGUCCCAACAAAAAGAAUAAGCCAUCUUUGUGGACAGAGAAUUGGACUACUCAGUUUCGAGUUUUUGGCGAUCCGCCAGCUCACAGAUCUGUAGAAGACAUCGCCUAUUCUGUUGCUCGGUUCUUUUCCAAGAACGGAAGCCAUGUUAACUACUACAUGUAUCAUGGAGGUACUAACUUUGGAAGAACCUCUGCACAUUAUGUAACCACUCGUUACUAUGAUGAUGCACCUCUUGAUGAAUUCGGAUUGGAAAGGGAGCCUAAGUACGGUCAUCUAAAACUUCUUCACAACGCGCUUAACUUAUGCAAGAAGGCACUUCUAUGGGGCCAUUCCCGAACUGAGAAGCCUGGCAAAGACACAGAGAUACGGUACUACGAGCAGCCUGGAACGAAAGUUUGUGCGGCGUUUCUAGCUAACAAUAACACAGAAGCUGCAGAAACAAUCAAAUUCAAGGGCAAGGAACAUGUUAUACCGCCUCGCUCCAUCAGUAUUCUCCCGGACUGCAAAACUGUUGUUUACAGCACAGCGGAGGUCAUCUCUCAGCACACGUCUAGGAACUAUGUGAAGUCGAAGAAGGCUAAUAAGAAGUUUGAUUUUAAGGUGUUCACCGAGACAGUUCCUAGUGAGCUUAAAGGUGAAUCUUUUAUCCCCGUUGAGCUCUAUGGCUUGACGGAAGACGUGACUGAUUACGGAUGGUACACAACAAACUUCAAGAUAGAUGACAAUGACCUUAAGAAGAAAGGAGGUAAGACUACUUUGAGAAUUGCAAGUCUUGGACACGCGUUGCAUGUCUGGCUCAAUGGAGAAUACCUUGGAAACGGACAUGGUAGCCAUGAAGAGAAGAGUUUUGUUUUUCAGAAGCAGGUUUCUCUAAAAGAAGGAGAGAACCACCUAACUAUGUUAGGCGUUUUAACAGGAUUUCCGGACAGUGGAUCUUAUUUGGAGCAUAGAUACACAGGUCCGCGUAGUGUUUCCAUCUUAGGCCUCAGCUCUGGACCACUUGAUCUCACCGAGAAAAACAAAUGGGGAAACAAGGUGGGUAUGGAAGGCGAAAAGCUCGGUAUCCACGCCGAGAAAGGAUUAAAGAAGGUUAAAUGGCAGAAAUUCUCAGGAAAAGCACCAGGGCUUACAUGGUAUCAGACACGCUUUGAUGCGCCAGAGAGCAAAAGCUCAGUAGCAGUUAGGAUGAAUGGAAUGGGGAAAGGUUUAAUUUGGGUGAAUGGAGAAGGUGUUGGUAGAUAUUGGAUGUCGUUUUUAUCGCCUUUAAAAAAUCCUACGCAAGUAGAGUAUCAUAUACCUAGGUCUUUCUUGAAGCCCAAGAAAAAUCUUCUGGUUAUAUUUGAGGAAGAACCAAAUGUGAAACCAGAGCUUAUCGACUUUGUCAUCAUCAACAGAGACACUGUGUGUUCUUACAUCGGAGAAAACUACACUCCUAGUGUACGACACUGGACCAAGAAAAAUGACAAAGUCCAAGCCAUCGCUGAUGAUGUUUUUCUCACGGCUAAUCUCAAGUGUUCCGGUACUAAGAAGAUUGCCGCUGUAGAAUUUGCUAGCUUCGGAAACCCAACUGGGACUUGUGGAAAUUUCACCCUUGGAUCUUGUAAUGCUCCUGCCUCUAAGCAAGUCAUCGAGAAGUAUUGUUUGGGUAAAUCGGAGUGUGACAUUCCGGUGAACAAGAGCACAUUCCAGCAAGAUAAAAAGGAUUCAUGCCCCAAAGUCGUGAAGAUGCUUGCGGUGCAAGUCAAGUGCGGUCGCACCAAUAAGAACUAAGAAUCAGGAAUAUAAUUCUUUUAUUUGCUUUGAACGGUUUUAUACUUUUGACUAGUCGAUACAAAACUUAUGUGUCAAUUGUUCUUCCAUUUUUGAAUUUAUUAAUUACAAUGCCUAUCUACGGAUUACAGUUUUGAUUUGAAAUACUGAUUGAUUAAAUACUUUGUCCAAGGGAUUUAGUUUUGCUUCCUAACUUAUCUAUUCAGUUUUUGCGUAAGAUGGUUUUUGUUAUUUAUCUAAGUAUACAUAAUACUGUAUGUUUAUACACCGACCUUAAGAUGAGUACAUCCAAGUUUACUUGCAAUCAGAUCGUUCUAUUAGUACUUCCUAGGAUUUAUAAGAAGUUCACAUGUCAAACAUGUUUGUGUGCGUCUUAUAUGCUCAUCAGGUUAAGAAACAUUUACCUUGUACUCAAGUGGUGCAUCAUUUGUUAUUUUCGAAUAUAUCAUGAGCUUUCAACUUAAAACCAAUUGAUGGUUAACGGAUUGGUAGAAGUUAUUUAUAUACUAUUUCAUUAAAAUUUUCAAUGUGAAAACUUAUAUUAUUACACAUUCUUUAGAGAUUGGCUGAUACGAAGGAGAUGAUUGAAAGAUUGGCUUUGUUGAUCACUUUGACUAGGCCUGGGCAAAUAAACCGAAUCCGAUAACCCGAACCGAAUCCGAUCCGAUAAAAAUGAAUCCGAACCCGAUGUAAAUACCGAAUGGAUCUUGUUUUGUGGUAUUUUGGGUUAUGGGUAUUAUCCGAACCGAACCCGAAUCUAAAUGGAUAUCCGAUAGAACCUGAAACAUUUAAAACCUCGAAAAGAUCUUAUACCAAACAUGAUCUCAAUUCCUAAUAUGUAUCCAAAAUACACUAAGAAAUAUUGAACAUCUAAAAUACUUAUCUAUUACA